GAUCUGUGCGGACACGAACUACAAUAACACGAGCGAGCCAUGGCUUCACUCCCAAUCUCUUCAGCUGUCAAUCUUCCACCGAAAGAACGAUCGCUCUCAGUACCCUACUCAAGGUCACUACUACGCAAACCCACUGGAUUCUCUUUAUAGAUCUAUUCCCAUCUCAUUGUCAAAACCAGAGGAGUUACCAUCAUGCCCACUUACACAUCAAUCCAUCUUGCCGAACGGCCACAGGACGCUGUUGUCGCCGGCAAGACCUUCACACCAAAACAGCAAGAAAUCCCAUCGGCGUCGUCCCUCAAAGAUGGUGAGGUCCUCUUCCAGACACUUUACCUAUCACUUGACCCAGCGAUGCGCGGCUGGCUGAACCCGACGCGUUCUUACAUUCCUCCUGUGGAGAUUGGCGCAGUGAUGCGCGGUAGUGGAAUUGGCCUCAUUGUCGCAAGCAAGAGCAAGAAGUUCCCGGUUGGCACAUAUGCGACUGGUAUGUGCGGGUGGUCUGAAUACUCCGUACUUAACGAGAAACAUGUCGAAUCACUGGAUCUGCCAGAAGGUGCUGUGCCAACUGACGCGCUGGGCGUGUUGGGUAUGACUGGUCUCACUGCCUACUUCGGUAUCCUUGAGAUUGGUCAAAUCAAAAAGGGAGACUUUGUGGUUGUCAGCGGCGCAGCUGGCGCUACUGGAACUGUCGUUGGUCAAAUCGCAAAGUUGAAGGGCGCAAAGGUUUUGGGUCUUGCUGGCGAGGACAGCAAGGUGUCGUGGCUGAAGGAGGAGCUUGGCUUCGACGAGGCACUGAACUACAAAGACCCCCAAUUCGCGAAGAAGUUCAGAGAUGCCACCAAAGACCUGAUCGACGUCUACUUCGACAACGUAGGUGGAGAGAUUCUCGACCUCGCUCUCUCACGAGCCAAGCCUUUCGCGCGGUUCGUCAUGUGCGGUGCCAUUUCAGAGUAUAACAAGAAGAAGCCUCAGGGUCCAAAGAACUACAUGAUGAUCAUCUCCAUGCGUAUUCGUAUGCAAGGGUUCAUCGUUUUCGACUUCGCAGACAAGUACGCGGAAGCAAGGAAACAACUUGCUCAAUGGCUCUCAGAAGGCAAGCUCAAGCGGAAGGAGACAGUCAUCAAGGGAGGUAUCACCAAAGCGGAGGAUGCACUAGUUGGAUUGUUCGAGGGAAAGAACACUGGCAAAAUCAUGGUGCAGGUGGCGGACCCAGAAGCUGUCAAGGCAAAACUGUAGAGGCGAGAGGAACAUCAAAUGAAACAAGUUUUUACUCUAUGAUAUGCAGUCCUAGUCGGAGUGAAUGUGCAACCAGUCAAGGC